CGUGCAGACUACGCAUGCGUCGCACGUAUCGGCCCGAACUGAGUGACAGCACGAAGAUUACGGCAACACGUGCCUGUGAAUGCCGACGACUAUAUAUACCCUGUGUGUUUCCGGAAUAAACGUUCUUUUCAUUCUUGGAUCCCGUCCAUACGAUACAUGGUGUCAGAAGUGGUGCCGCUGGUUGAACGUAACCAUUCAGAGCAAUGGAGCUAGUCAAGCCACCGGAGCAUCUGCAACUUUCCGGCUCAUCCGACAACAUCGCGAAGCAUUGGAACCUGUUCAUCCAGAAGUUCGAACUGUUCCUACAAGCGACAGCAUCUCCGAAAGAACCAAGGUCAGAAGCUGUCAAGGCUGCGCUGCUGCUGAGUGUUGCUGGCGACGAUGCACUUGAGGUGUUUAACAACUUCACCUUUCUUGAGGCGGAACGCAAGGAUGAUUACACGACGGUCGUGAGGAAGUUUAAAGAGUACUGUGAAGAACAGCAAAACGAAGUCUAUGAGAGGUACAUUUUCCGGUCAAGAACCCAGGACGAAGCGGAGCCCUUUGAGCAUUUCCUGCGCGACUUGCGAAAGCUGUCCCGAAGCUGCAACUUCGCUGAAUUAACGGAGUCAAUGAUCCGCGACCAGGUUGUAUUCGGUGUACAUAACCCCAAGUUGCGGGAGAAGCUCCUCAAGGUAAAAGACUUGACGCUAGCCAAGACAGAACAAAUCUGCAAGGCUGCUGAACUUUCUAGCCAGCAGAACGAGGCAUGGGCUCAGACGGAAAAACAGGUCGCGUCGGUAAAGAAGCGUCUGUUUAAAUGCAUGAAAUGCAACCGCUCCCACGAACGUAGUAGGUGUCCCGCGUUCGGCAAGACGUGUUUUGUAUGUGGUGGCACCAAUCAUUUUGCAGCGUGUUGCAAGAAAGGGUCUACAGUAAGCGAAGUGGUCAACGUGCAGGACACUUUCGACAUCCUUGAUGUAAAAACUUGCAAGGUGAGAAGCUUGACGGACUGGAUCGUAAACGCUAAAGUGGCCGGCCAGGAUGCCUUCUUGAAAGUAGACACAGGCUCCCAAGCUAACUUGCUGCCUUACUCGGUCUAUCGGAAGUGCAAAGGGAUGCAAAGUUUGAAGCCGAGCAGUUCCAUUCUGCGGUCCUAUAGCGGUGACGCUAUCAGUCACUUCGGUGUUGCGUCGUUACCAGUCACCAUAAAAAAUCGGGCUGGGAGUUUCGACUUCUUUAUAGUAAAAAAAGGCCACCAGGCAAUACUCGGACUAUCUGCAAGUGAGGCGCUUGGACUGGUCGCGAGGUCGGUGGAUGCAGUCAACGCUAGCGCUGCCGACGAAAUACUGCAGGAAUUUCCUCAACUCUUCCAAGGAACAGGCUGUGUCGCCCGCCAGUAUCGGAUGGUACUACGCACUGGUUCGAUACCUGUAGUCCAGCCAGCGCGGCGCGUACCCUUGACACUACAAGAACCACUGCGGGAGGAGCUGGACCGCAUGGAACGAGCCGCCAUCAUCACGAAAGUGACAGAACCAACGGACUGGGUACGAUUUCAAGCACGUGACAUCUAGUCCUGGCUUUCCACAGUCCAAUGGACUAGCGGAGAAAGGCGUCCAGAUAGUAAAACGGAUCAUGAAAAAAACACAAGAAAAUCACGACGACUUCUGGCUGGGCCUGCUCAGCUACCGAUCUACACCACUGGAGCACGGUCGUUCCCCGGGUGAGCUGUUACAAGGCAGGAGACUACGAACCAGGCUUCCAGACUUCAGCUCGCAACCUAAAAAUUUUGUGUCUAAGCAUAGACAACUUGGCACACACAGAAAGGACCUACCAGUACUCCGAAAAGGGGAUGUGGUGAGGAUCCGAGAUAAAGCAUGGACCCGCAAAGCGCAGGUCAUGGGACCGGCUGCGCCUAGGUCCUAUCGCAUUGUUACUGAAGGUGACCAAGUACUUCGUCGGAAUCGGAGACACCUGAUUACAACGCGUGAGCCAUUUCGACACGAUGACCUCGACAGCGAUGAGCCGGAAAGCGAGGACGACCAGCCGGUAACAUUCCCAACUGGAGUGCCCGCAAACCCGACUCAACCUACAACACCGAUCCCAAGACGGUCUAGGCGGAUAACUCGUCAGCCAAGACGGCUGCAGUACGACCACAACUUCAAUCAAGUGCAUUGUGUAUCUCGGCUUUAUCCAACUAUUAAACAGAGAAAGAUGUAUCGUGCAGACUACGCAUGCGUCGCACGUAUCGGCCCGAACUGAGUGACAGCACGAAGAUUACGGCAACACGUGCCUGUGAAUGCCGACGACUAUAUAUACCCUGUGUGUUUCCGGAAUAAACGUUCUUUUCAUUCUUGGA